UCCCCGGUGGCGGGCGGCGGCGCCAAAGCGGCGGAGGGCAGCUCCAACGCCCACCUGCACGGCGGCGCGGGCGUCCCCCCGGGGGGUCCCGGAGGCGGCGGUGGGGGCAGCGGUGGCGGCGGCGGCGGCGGCGGUGGCAGCAGCAAGAAAUCCAAAGAGCAGAAGGCGCUGCGACUCAACAUCAACGCCCGCGAGCGCCGAAGGAUGCACGACCUGAACGACGCGCUGGACGAGCUACGCGCGGUCAUCCCCUACGCGCACAGCCCCUCGGUGCGGAAGCUCUCCAAGAUCGCCACGCUGCUGCUCGCCAAGAACUACAUCCUCAUGCAGGCGCAGGCCCUGGAAGAGAUGCGGCGCCUCGUCGCCUACCUCAACCAGGGCCAGGCCAUCUCGGCCGCCUCGCUGCCCAGCUCGGCGGCGGCGGCGGCGGCGGCCGCUGCCCUGCACCCGGCUCUCGGAGCCUACGAGCAGGCAGCCGGCUACCCGUUCAGCGCCGGGCUGCCCCCGGCCGCGUCCUGCCCGGAGAAGUGUGCCCUGUUCAACAGCGUCUCGUCCAGCCUCUGCAAACAGUGCACGGAGAAGCCUUAAACACCACCCCCCUCCCCGGAGGAACGCGAGACAGACCCCAAAGCUGGAGGAAAGCGGAAAAACUGCUCCCCACCCCUUUUAUUUUGGUUCUCUCGUAGUUGUGAAACACUGGCAGGGCGAACAAAGCAGAGGCAAGGACUGAGAAGUAUCCUAGACAAGCGGGACUUUUAGCCUUGACAUCCAGGAAUCUCGGUCUUUGGGGUGGGGAGGGAGGGACGAGGGAGGUGGAGUUGGGAAGAAGUGUAGACGUCUUUAUUUUUCCCCCCAGCGCACGGUGGCAACUUUGGUGACAGCCUAGACCCAAGGAAGUGCAGUCGUCUUUGAAGAUGGAAAAAUAACUUGAGAAGCAGUACUUCCUUAUUAGGCGUGGAGAGUAUUGAAUGACAAAGCAUUAAUCCCACUAAUAAUUGUGAAUUUGACUAGUGCUAGAGGGGAAAGCAGUCCAGUACGGGGCUGGGAGGCUGCGGACAGAAUAUUCAUUUAGACAAAUCAGAAUGGGCACUCGAAAACAAAUUUUGAUUCUGAGCCAGGAGAAAAACUUGGAAUGUAGACUUAGGUGGGGGGGAAAGCAGAGCGAGAAAGAGACAUGUUGCUAUGAAAGACUUGUAUUUUUUAUUGUCUCUGAACUUAAAUCCUGUGAAAAUGCUCAAAGUUUUGGCGAGAGUGAUAUUAAAAAAAAAAAAAAAACUGACUGUGGCUGAAAGAAUUGCAUUUAAAAAUAUUUAUGUGCACCUUGUUACUUUCUACUCUGCAAUGAUGUAUGAACAAUUCAUGGUAUUUAUUUGUUAUUCUCCAAUGAUCCUUCCCAUCAACAGUAUUUAUUAUGUGUUAAGGUCAUGGGUCUUAUGUGCAGAUUUUUUUUUAAUGCCUCUAAAAUUCUGUUUCAUAGAUUAACUUAUACUGUGUGCCAAGUGAUUAAAGGUUUAUUUGCCAACAAGUGUGAAGAGAAAUAUUGAUGUAUCUGAGCUGCUUAGGUUUUCGAAAGGUCACCUGGAUAUUUUCAGUUGCAUCAUCCCUGUAUUUAAAUUGAGCUUUAAUAAAUUGCUUCAGUCCAAAAAUUACAGGAAAGGUGUAUUCUUAAUUGAUGAAUGAAUUGAUCUCUUUUUCAAAAGGGGACUUCUUUGCAUUUCAAAAGGGAAAAACAUCACAGCAAUAGAUCCUAUAAGUAAGAACUUGCUAAGUAAAUAUUUUUUUCCAGGCUGUGCUGUGCAUUUUAAUAGGUCUAGUUUAAUUGCUUUUAAUAUAUAUGUACAUAUAUGUUAUUUUAACUGUGAAGAAUUAUUAAGUUAAAAGGCUGGUUUGAUUUGCUUAUGGUGUGAAAUCCUUUGUUAUUUUUCUAAAAAAAAUUAAAAUAAAUAAAAUAAGCUAAGGAAGAGCAAGAAGCUGUAUACCCAAAGUGAGCUUUCAGUUAUAGUUUGCAUGGCUAUCUGCCUGCCUUUCUGUCCUGUAAAAAUCAAGAAAACCUCUUUUAAAAAUGGAUUCCUGCUAUUUUCCACUCUUUGCAGAUAAUACAAAUUCAGUUUGUCAGGUUGGAUGGUGAGUUGGGAACUGUAAUGGAUCUGUUGGUGGGUUUUGGAUGUGUAAAGAAUGAUAUUGAUAUAUAUCUAUAUAUUAAAUAGGUCAAUCAGACUAUGACAGCUAUGUAUGACCAUUUGUAUGUGUAUCUAUGUCAGAAAGAAUCUUUAUUAAAAUAUUUUGAUCAAACA